AUGGGUAGGAAUGAUGGUUCCCGAAUGAAGAAACCUUGUGAUUGCUGCCAAAGGUACUUGGACCAUUUGGAUGAAAAGAAUCAAACAAUGAGCUGCUUCCUCAUGCGGAUGACUGCCAAUACUAAACAUAGCAUGACCAUACCGAACAGAUUUCUGAAGCAUUUCGCAGGAAAGUUGUCUGGAACUAUCAAAUUAGAAUCCGCUAAUGGUAGUCUAUAUGAUGUUGAAGUUACGGAACGUUAUAGGAAGAUGGUGCUAAGGCAUGGGUGGGAGGCAUUUGUUGAUGCCCAUCAUAUAGAAGAGAAUGAUUCAUUGCUGUUUCGGAACAUUGAGAACUCUGUUUUCAAGGUUCUGAUCCUUGAUUCUGAUGGUUGUGAGAAAAUGUUUUGCUGUUCUGGCAUAAAAACUACACCAAAUGUUGGAAAAAUAAGUGUAGAUUCUGUUGAUAUUUCAAGCAGCUCUCAAUAUGAUACCACAGAAUCGUCAGGAAGUGAAAGAGCUGCUAGGUGUGUGAAGGGUAGCUCCAAUCGACACGGGAAAACAUCAAAGAUGGCUGUAACAUCCUCAUCAUCUGGCGGGUCAGGAGAUGACAUUCCAUCUGAAAACGAAUCUUUUGAGUCAGAUGAUCUUCAGACUCCCCCAGGGGCAGAUUAUGUUAUAUCAUGUCGAAGUCAUUUAUCUGAAGAACAAAAGGAGAGAGUAAUUGCGCUUAUCCAGGAGAUUCAACCUGAAAUUACUGUUUACAUUGCAGUCAUGCAGAAGUGCCAUGUUCAUCCCCCGAAUCCUUUUGUCGUAAGUUCACUUCUGUCGAAUAGCAAGUCACUCCUCCCAACAUUAAUUCUUUUGUUGUAG